UACUGGAAAGCAGAGGGGAUGAGACUACCAGAGAAAAUUCCCCCGUCUACUCUUUAUCUUCUUUUGCAAGUUGUUAAAAGGGAAAUGCAUCCUCAGAUCUACAACAGACCAAAGGAAAUAUCGCUAACAAACACCAGCCUGUGGGCAUAUUUGGCGAUGGAUAACCCAAACUUUACGCACGGACCUGUUACCAACGGGACGCUGGUCCAGCGUUCACAGUCGACCGGGGUCGAGACUAAAAUCGCUUUACCCAGUCUUAUGUUCGCUGGAGGCGCCUUUGGGAAUUUAAUUGCGAUAAUCGUCCUUUCUGUAUCAAGACAGGAGAGAAAAUCUUCCGCCUUCUACACGCUGGUUUGCGGUCUGGCGGUGACGGACCUGCUGGGCACCUGCCUGGCCAGCCCAAUCACCAUAGCCAACUACAUGGACCCGAAAGUGCUCCAACACCAUAAUGUCUGUGAGUUUCACUCCUUUUUGUUGCUGUUUUUCGGUUUAACGGGACUGACCAUCAUAUGCGCCAUGGCAGCAGAGCGGUACCUGGCUAUAUGCUGGCCGUACAUCUACCAGCGGUGGGGGGUGGACCGACGCUUCGCGCAGAGGUUCCUGUUAUUCAUUUACAUCAGCCACAUUUUCUUCUGCUGCCUCCCGAUGAUGGGCAUGGCGAGGAGCGAGCUGCAGACGUCCUGUACUUGGUGCUUCAUCGACUGGAAGACAGCGUACUCCGUCCUGUACGGCGUCGUCAGCCUGCUGCUCAUCCUGGGCACCAUCGUGCUCAACCUGUUGGUGUGCGGAGCGCUGCUGCUGAUGCGGCAGAGGACCGUGCAGCGGCCCGUCACCAGAGCCAGCGUCCGGGAGAGGUGGAGGGCUCUGUCCUCGGCCGCUGAGACGCAGAUGAUCGCGGUGUUGGUGAUGACCUCCGCGGUGGUUCUGGCCUGCUCAGCCCCGCUGGUGGUCCGAGUGUUUGCCAACCGCUUCAUGCUGAAUAAUAAUAAUAACGACACAGCCGACCUGGCUGCCAUCCGGAUAGCCUCCGUCAACCCCAUCCUCGACCCCUGGAUCUACAUCCUCCUCAGGAGGUCUCUGUUUCGUCGGUUACUCAGUUUAUCCAGGCAAGGCAGCAGCUCUCGCAGUAGUUCUACACAUUCAACACCACAAAGGAGUCUGUUUUAUGCUGGAGUUGUGAUGGACAACCAUGUGUUCACACAGCUGAUGUGCACCGCCAACGUCAUCAGUCAGCUGCCUGCCACCGUCACAUUCACUCCGUACGACACGGAGAACCUCCAGCAGACUUAAAGCAGACUGAAGACAUGUUGGACAUUCAUGAAUGUUGGCUGCUUCCUCACGCUGCAGGCAGCUUGGUGCAGAGCCACAGACGUUGUAGUCAGAGGGAUGAAAGGACUCACAGUUGGAUCGCCAAGGCUCCUGUAGGGUUAUUUAUCAAACAGAGGUGGAGGACUGGUUGCUAUCUACAGUGUGUAGACGUCUCCUGCAGGCACUCAGAUGUUAUUACCAAAGUGCAACAAUAAGACUGAGUCUUAAUAUUGUGCCUUUUACUGUCAUCCAGCGUCUCCUCGUUACCAUCACACCUCUUUUAAAGUUGCACUUUUUCCUCAUCCUGUCUCUACAGGAUCAGUUCACGGCUCCUGUCAGACAGAUCUUAUAGCUCCUCUCAUCUGGAGGCUCUGUUCAAUGACUCUUAGAAGAUCCAGGGUUAAAGGUCACGGUAACAGAACAAGAGUCUGUUUUCACUAGAAAUCCAUCCAUCGAAACUCAUUUUCUAAAAGAUGUUGGAGGUUGGACUCCUCCCUCAGUUACAGGCACGUAAAUGGUAAAUGGA